GUAGCACCUCUUCUCAAUGACUGAAUCUCCUGAAGCAUUUUCUUCAACCUCGCUUUUCUUCUCUUUCUUUGUACUCAUUCACAACAUCCUCUUGAGAUCAUACUAUAGCUUUUUCAACUGCUUGUUGUGCCUCAUUCAACAUAUGAAUCCUACACUCCUUCCACAUAACAAUGCUCUUCAACACACCUCUGUUGCUGCUGAAUCUCUUUAUAGCACAAAUAUCCCUCAAUCCCUGCAUGGUCUUAAGCUUGCUUUUAUUUUCUUUCAUUGUGCUUUGGUAUUGGCUCAUUCUCAGCAUCAUCUUGAGGACUUGUUAUAAUUUUCCAGCUUUCUAAUUUUUUCAUAGUGCAUCUAUAAUAUCUCUAAGCUUACUGUAUAGCUGUCAGUGGUGCUCCUCCCCUCCUCUAGUAUUCUCUUUGACGGUCUCUUGAGUACUGCCCAGUCACUCUUCUUAUACAGAUCCUCCACAUCACUCCUCUCCAGCACCUAUUCCCUUGAGUAAUUACAUCUUUUGCACCAUGGAUCUCUCCAUUAUUCCCCUUUACUUGUAAAGCUUCAUCUCCUCCUCCCUCUCCCUGGGGAGGAGGUGUCAUGUGCAGCUAAUACUGUUUCUGCUUUUUGCAGUUUCUUCCCAUUUUGUCACCUUAAUCGGCCCUUUCUCCAGGGGUGUUUUUAUUUAGUUCAAACACGGCCAGAGGUGGGGUGAUGUAAAAUCUACUUUGACUUUAACCACUAUAUAUGCACCUCAAUGAAUCUGUGUACAUUGCGGUAGUUUAAUAAAGGGCAUUUUUGAAUUCAAUUCCCACCUCUGCUGUGUUCAUACUGAAGCAGCUUGCUGUAGCACAGCUCCCCCCGGAGGGCACUCACUCCUUUGUUGUUACAUUAGCAUCUCAUUACGCAUUUCUUUUCAAUUCAAACGCCCAGUCUUAUUCCUCUCUUGUGAUCUUGUUGCUGAUUCCCUCUCUUUUCCCUCUUUUUCUGCCUCUCACUGCCUUGUUCUCUCUGUUUUCUCUUCCUGUGACGAUGGCCUUUUUCCUCUUUCUCUGUCAGUCCCCACUGUCAGUUCAUUGCUCCUUUAAUCUCAAGGCUUGUCUACCAUUUCUAACUUUGAUUACUGUAUCUCUCUUUCUCUCUGUUCCCACUUUCCAUGUUUCUCCCUUCUACUGUCUUCCUGCUGUCUCUCCUAGUCAUCAUUUUCUUCUUCUACUCGAUUCAAAUGUGAGAACUGACCAUAUCAGUUUCCUAUACAAACUAAAGAUUUCACACAAUUUCACUUUUAGUUGCAUGAAAUAAAAACAUCAUUAAAAGCAGAUAAGUCGUUCUCUCUCUCUCUCUGCUGCCACUGCCAUCAUGCUGCAAAGCCACACAAGAGACUGGUCUGGGGCCUAACACAGGCACAGCUUCAAAGAACCCUCUUUAAAAAGUAAUUUUGAUACAACUGAUUCCUGACUUGCUUUAGACACUGGUGGGUGGAAGGAGGGUUGUGAGUUGGUGUAAUCUGGGCCAGGCAGCCCUACUGUGAAAAUCUGAGUUACGAAGUACUCAGAGUGACUACAAGUAGACUAUUUGAGUGGAUCUCACUGAGUGUACAACUUUCAGCCAGUGAGAAGUUGUGUGGUAUCAGCUGUAACGAUAGUAAGAUGUGAUAAUCAUCACUGUUUACUGUUAGUGGAUGUACUGUAGCUACUAAUUCAUGGCACCCAGCCUUUGCAGUGUGUAUCCUGGCUUUCCAGUUUUGCUGUGCAGCCUCGACUGCCAGCUCAGUAGCAGAGCUUCCUCCUCAUGCCUCGUUGGCUGCAUCUUCCUGUGGCACAGCGUGGUUCUGUAAAGUAAACACACUGCUGAGCAUCAGACCACAUAAUGUUUCAGGUCUAUGGCCUGUGCUGAUUCUGAUGAUACUCUAAGGUGUUGGUUCAUGUCUGCUUGUAUCUCUUAUUUCCUAGCUUCUCUGUGCCUGCUCAGUGAUUUCUGUCUAGUCAGUAAUAUUUCUCAUGACUUUUUUUCCCUUCAUACAAAAAUGUGAUGCAUAGGUUUCUGUCUCAGUUUAUAUACUACUAACAGCAAAUACUUUUCGGAGGAAAUGUAAUUUUGCCCAGUUACAUUUUCUAUCAACAUACUGAGGAGACGUUAAAAAUAUCUGACCCAGUCCCAAAAUGUUUAUAUUGAAUGUAUCAAUGUAUCAAAACAUUCACUGGCACAUUUGUUUUCCUUACAAUAUCCAGUCUUGCAACACAAUAUUCACUUGAAGCAACCAAAGCAAGUUGAAACUUUUUUUAUAGUUAUGUUUAGGAACUUGGUUAAAGGGGAACUCCACCAAUUUUACACAUCAAAGUCUGUUUAUAGGUCUUGGGGAGUGUAUGUGAUAAAAAUUGAAAAAAGUCCUUUUGUGCCUCCUGAUGGAGCUGCGCGAAAUCUGACAAAUUGCCUCAAAUGCUGUCACUUGAGUCAGCAUCAGUUGAGGCUGAAGACUACAAGUUUGAAAAUGAAAAAAAAAAAUCUGGUGGGUGUGGAGUUAGAAAGAAGUGAGUGGGUGGAAGACCUCAGGUGGACAGCCCAGGGGCAGGACAGAAUAGGGGCGGGAACCUCAGUUGGAUGGCCAGAGGCCGAAGGGCUGAGCAGGUCCGGGUGAUGACCAGACUCACGGAGCAACUCAGGAGGUCGGUGACAAAGGCGGAACACUUUUGGAGGUUGGCGGCAAAGGUGGAACCCCUCCGGAGGUCGGACUGGAGACCAGCGGCGUGGCUGGAGAUCAAGCUGGUCAUCAUGGCAGGGACCGUUCUGUUGGCGUACUACUUUGAGUACACGGAUACGUUCCCCGUGCACAUCCAGGGCUUCUUCUGUUUCGACAAAGCCUACUCCAAGCCGUACCCAGGACCAGAGGACAACAGCAAGGCGCCGCCUGUCCUCGUCUACUCCCUCGUCACUGCCAUCCCCACUGUGACGAUUCUGAUCGGGGAAGUGACCAGUUUCUUUGUGAAGACAGAGGGAGCUCAGGAGAAGACCAUAGUGACCGCUGACUGCUGUUAUUUCAACCCCCUCCUCCGUAGGAUCGUACGUUUUCUGGGUGUCUACUCCUUCGGCCUCUUCACAACCACCAUCUUUGCCAACGCAGGUCAAGUGGUGACAGGAAACCAGACGCCUCAUUUCCUGUCUGCCUGCAAGCCCAACUACACAGCUCUGGGCUGCCAGUCUCCGCUGCAGUACAUUACAGAGCGCCGAGCCUGCACUGGAAACCCAUACCUGGUGGCGUCCGCCCGCAAAUCCUUCCCCUCCAAAGACGCAGCGCUCAGCUUUUAUUCAGCCAUCUACACAGUGAUGUAUGUGACCCUGGUGUUCCGGACCAAAGGGACCCGUCUGACCAAGCCCACCCUGUGCCUGGUACUGCUGUCUCUGGCCGUGCUGGUGGGGGUGAUGAGGGUGACUGAACACAGAAACCACUGGAACGAUGUCCUGGCUGGGUUUGUCACUGGUGGGGCCAUCGCUGCCUUCCUGGUGUCAUGUGUGAUCAACAAUUUCCAGCAAACCCAGAUUGCAGUGCCGACUCCUCCACCUCCACAGCGUCCAGAGCCUCCCAUGGGGCUGCCUCUCCUCAGCCUGCCCCGCGUGGAGAGUCCACUCGAAAAGCUCCAGGGCUACCGUAUUCUGAGAUCACAUGACCAUCAGCCAAUCCCGUCCCCCGCCCCUCUCGAUGUGCUCCUCCCCUCACGGCGUUGCCUCACCAGCGCAGUCUAGACCUGCCCACUGAGUGCCCCCUGCCCUGCCCUGCCCACCCUGAAGUACGACAUCCUCUCCGACGAGUCAAAUCCACACAGGUCUAAUGGUCCACCAAUCACAGGAGGCAGAACAGCAACACGUGCACAUGGCGAGCAUGGCUGAAACCUGUCAUCCACUAAGGACCAAUAGGAGAUGGAUACAUGUCCUUCUGUCCUGUUCUGUCCUGUUUGUCCUCCAAGAUGGCCUCCUUUUUCUUUCAGGUGUAAAAGACCGAAUGAAAGAUUCGCCAAAGCCAGAGCUGUUGAAGCAAUACUGUGUCCUAUUUCCUUGUCCUGUUUUCCACAAAGACCCAACAGUGACUCUUACGACUGUUGGCUGGUGAUGACUUGAUAAAACACUUUGAUCAAAUAAAAAAACUCAGCGGAGCUGAGGGUUUCUUAAUGAUCGAAGAAAAUCCCAAUCACUGGUGGAUCGUCCUCAAAAGACCAUUUUGCAACACUCAGGACAAUACAAUGGAAAAAAGACAAGAUUAAAAACAAAGACCUUUAUGUAAUCAAAAUGCAGGUACUGUCGAGUAUUAUGGUACAGAUUUUUUUUUUCUGUCCUCAAAACUAAUUAAGAGAUGCUGUCAAAGAGGAAAGCACUUUUGUAAAUUAUAGCACAGAUGAACCAAUUUAGUGUUCAGUAAACUGUGUCGUAUCUUAUUUGUUUUGGGGGAUAUGGGUUUGAUCUCUUGCUGUAUAUUGUGUGAAGUGACAGAAGAGAUAUUUAUACACACUAGAGCUGUGCUUGUGAUACCAGAUUUGUUUUAGAUCAUCAGUUAAUUCAUCCCUGAAGUGAACUGAACUAGAUUUCCAUCAACUUUCAAAAUAUUUUUAUCUACUUACUAUUCAGGUGUGUGUUUAUAAAUGUCUAUAGGUUCUACGUCCAUGCUGUGAAGUAUUUGUAAAGUUUUAUCAUUUGGCUUACUUUCCUAUCCCCAUGUGGAGUUCUUUGUUCGUGUUAGUUUGCAUAAAAGUCUCACUUUCUCUUUCCCUAACCCCCUUUGACACAUGUAUCUAAAUGUUAAUGUGUUUGCUCCCUUUUCUUUCCAAAAUGAAUGUUUUAUAAGAGUAGUGUGGCAUCAGUUGUUGAUGCUGUUUAUCCAUCUGUCCUGUUCAGUUAUUACCACAUUUUCCUGCUUCACUCCACCAUCAUUUCCUCAAACUGACUUUAGAAAACCAAUGGCACAGACCAGUGUGUAAUAGAGGUAAGACCUCUGAGUUUUGUAUAGUUUUGUACAGUAUAUAGGUUUCUCUACACGGUAUAUACUACAUUAUCAUUAUGUUUAAAUUGUGUGAACAAUGUGAAGCUACCUGAAGCUGUCUUGUAGGAACAUGAGUAGUAGCCUGAUCUAAAGCAGGAAUGUAGCGCAGUGGAGAAGUGUGUGAAAUCUAACAGCAUACAGCCGGUGUGUUUGGCUCACUACUUGCUUUGGUUCUGCUCAGUUCAAAAGGACACUGCAGGCAGGUUAUACUAGUAGGAGAGUAUGCAGUGGGUUAUAUAAAAAAGACAUUGCUAUGAUUUUAUUAAGCGUGUGUGUACGCGUAUGUGUGUGUGCUUAUUGGGAUUUGUGUGUAUGUUUAUAAUGAGCACAUUGUAUGGCAGCAUAACUGUUAAUUUGGCAAUCUGUUUUCUUAAGUUAAACUGUCAAACGUAGCUGCUAUAAUUACACACUUGUGCUUAUGUGUAACUUCAGGCCUUCAAAGGACCUCUGCCAAGGCGUCCUAACAAUGCCUGUUAUAGCAGAAGGUGCUCAUUAUAGCUCUGAGAUUACUUACAGUAAAACUUUUCAGUCUGAAUUUUUUGUAAACAACUGAAGAGGUAGAGAACACCAUAACUGUCCAAAUAAUGUUAUUUUCAUGUUGAAAUGUCUCUGUUUUGUAUUUAUUUACCAAAAUAAAUUGCAAUUACCACACA